CUAUAAUUAAAUAUCAAAAAUGGCUGCAAGAGUCGGAAAAUACAAGUUAGGUAAAACCCUCGGUGAAGGCUGGAACUCUCAAGUCAAAGUCGCCACCGACACAGAAACUGGCAAAUCCUAUGCUAUGAAACUCAUGUUUGUAGAAGAUGCCGAAGACCAAGAAGACUUUGACCUCUCGCUGUUCCUCACACUCAUGAACAACGAAGUCGAGCGACUUGAGAAGCUUCCGAUCCACAACAACAUCAUUUCGCUGGUCGAGUAUGACUGGAAGGGUGUCUACAUCACGAGCAAAGGCACCGAGAAAGAAGUUUUGUACUGCGUCCUUGACCUGGCCACCGGUGGCGACUUAUUCGACUACAUCUUCACAGUCGGAAGAGGACUCCCUGAAGACAUCGCCAGGUACUACUUCCACAAACUCAUCGACGCCAUCCAGCUGCUGCAUGAGAGCAACGUUGUACAUAGAGACCUGAAGCUGGAGAACCUGCUCUUAGACGGGGAAUACAACUUGAAGAUUGCAGACUUUGGGCUGUCGACCACGGUUGAGUCGAGUUACGGAGGAGGCGUCAUGCACACCAGGGUCGGCACUGAGCGCUACAUGCCACCAGAAAUGCUUGAGAAAAACGCUUAUGUUGGUAUAUGAGCUGAUCUCUUUGCUGCUGGUAUUAUACUAUUUGUGCUUGUGGUUGGAAUAAUGCCAACUCAUAAAACUGCAGAAUCUAAUGAUUAUCUGUAUAAAUACAUUCGCAAAAAGGAGUACGAGAAAUACUGGACAGUAAUCUCUAAACUGCUUAAUCUUGAUCUCAGUGGAAUCAGUGAAGAUUUUUUCCAUUUAGUCACCACUAUGGUUAAAUAUGAUUACAAGAAACGUUUUACUAUUGAAGAAAUUAAAGCACAUCCAUGGAUGCAAGGCCCAAUUGCCACCGAAGAAGAAGUCAGAAAGGAAUUAGCAUCAAGGAAAGUUGAGAUUAAACGCAAGUUAGGAGAUUCUGAUGAUACUGACCUCGAAGACCUAGCUGAUGUUCACAAAGAUGAAUUCGAAAAGAUUGAAAGGGGUGAUGAACCCGAGUGGGUUGAGGAAGAAAUUGAUCGUAGAAUUAAGGUCUACAACCCUGAAUUUCCAACCAUGACUGAAUGUUUCUCGACCUUCAAACCUAAUGUCUUACUAGGAUCUGUGUAUAAUUUCUGUAAAGAUAAGAUCCUCGAAUUCAAACUUGGAAGCGAAGAUUACUCAGCAACGGUUCAAAUGCCAUCAGAAGAUGACAAUAUCGUAGAUUUUGCAGUUGAGGUUCUCAAGGUUAAGCCAGAAUUAGACGAAGAUAUUGAUUGUGAUGAACUUGAAGAAAUUGAGGAUGAUGAUGACAUUAAAUAUUGUGUAGUGUUUAGGAAGAAGAGAGGUCCCAAACAGGACUUCAUCAAAAUCUUUAGGAGCUUUAGGUUCUUCUUUAAGAAGCUCAACAAUGUUGAAUAGAGA